CAGACGUCAGUCUAAAGUCAUUCAUCGUUUUCGUAGUUCGUGUAGCGGCCGACGUUUCCGUUUGCGUUAUCUCUCAGUAAUAAUUUAUAAAAAUCUGGAUAAAAAUCAUUUGCAUUAAUACAUAAAUAACUAAUUUGUCUCUUCUUUAUACUAUCCAUUACAAUGGCCAAACUAAAAGCAGUGUGCGUUCUGAACGGAGAUGUCACCGGCACUGUAUUCUUCGAACAGAGGGAUGAAAAAUCUCCAGUUGUUCUUUCUGGUGAAGUCAAGGGACUUACCAAGGGCAAGCACGGUUUCCACGUGCACGAGUUCGGGGACAACACAAACGGCUGCACCUCGGCGGGGGCUCACUUCAACCCCCUGAAGAAUGACCACGGAGCCCCAGAUGCUACAGUGAGACACAUUGGAGACCUUGGCAACAUCGAGGCUUACAGCGACAAGGGUGUCACCAAGGUGUGCAUCCAAGACAAUCUGAUAUCACUGGUGGGCCCCAACAGCAUAAUCGGGCGCACUCUAGUUGUUCACGCGGACCCCGACGACAUGGGGCUCGGCGGCCACGAGCUGAGCAAGACCACGGGCAACGCCGGGGCUCGCAUCGCCUGCGGCGUCAUCGGCCUGGCUAAAGUCUAGAAACAUCCAUAGAUAGACCAUUCUAGAGAGACUGUUCAUUGAAACGACGGUAGAUGAUGAUUCCAAAUUUAAAAAUACGAGUUGGCCGUUAUUGGUGUUUGAAAUUGAAUAUAAGACCAAUAAAAAAGAAGUUUUUAAAUAGAAGAGUCACAUUUAAUCCACAUUGUCAAUAUUUGUAUCCAACAAUAAGUGGUCUGACCAUGUAAACUGCUGAUGACUGGUUCAUAUAUUUAUGAGAAAUCAUUUUUGUCGUGUUUCAGUGAAUGUCUCCAUUUCAAUGGUCUCAAAACUUCUCUAGAUAAGAAAAUCCCAGUGGCUUAUUGGUACAUUAUCGCUUUUCGAAAUUUCUAUUUAUUGUAUUUAUACUGCUAUUCUCUUAUACAGUUUGUAAUAAAUGAGGAGAAAUUAUCUAAGAAUGUAGUAGUAUAAACAGUAAAAUAUAAUCAAAAUAGUCACAACAGUGGCAAAUAAGAUUAAAUGUAUAGUUAAUUAGUUUUAGAACUAUUGGUGUGUGUUUACUUGCUAUUGUAUUCUGCAUUUCUGAACAAAUGGUUACUAUUUGCAGAUCGUCUGCUGUUUGUUUUGUUUCAAUAAAUUAUAAAGGAACUA